AUGUUCCUCAUCACGCGCGAAAAGCCGGAGAAAAUGAAGCAAGAGGUCGUCUCCGGUCCCGAAGCCAAGGGAGCCAUCAUUUUAACCAGCGACAUUGUAAAAGCCUUCUUGUGGCGCGCUGCUAUUCGAGUCCGACGAAUAGUUGCCACGGAGAUUCGGAAGCAGACAUUCAAGCCAGAUGAAGUUUCCAUCCUCGAGCUGCCAACUGACGGCCGCCCAUACUUCUCGCAGCUUUUGCCGAGACAUACAUUGGUAACUCUUUGCUCCGAUAACACAACAAUUGGUUGUGUCGCGUACCUUCUUCGCGAAUCUGCUCCGCGCCUCACGCCUUCAGUCGUCCAUGAUGCUCUGUCAAUUCUGCAGUCCUUGCCAAAUCAUGAGCGAACUUCGACCGCGAACAUGGGUCUUGAGCAGAUGCAUGCUAUGAUCUCCAAUAUGAUGCUUUCCCCAUCAAACGAGGCUUGCUUUGGCGAGUCCCUCUUCGCCAAUGGGGGUUGCCCAUAA